CCUCCAUCCCUUGCCAACCAUUCGUCUUCCUCCCAUUGCAUGUCCGGGCACACUCUGUCGCUAGACAUCUCAUAGGCUGGACCGUUGGACUUGGCAGGCACUUAGAAUAUCCCGUAUGUUCCGCCACCAUUUUAACCCAACAGCCUGUUCAUCUAAACACUACUACAACCUCAUUCAUUAAUCCAUCGGAUAACCCAUAUAUCAUCGAAUUCUGACUUGGGAAUUUGAUUGUUAGUGACGCCUGGGGGCAGUGAACGGAAUAAUCGCACCAUCACAAAGCGCAUAAAUGGCAACUACAGGAAUGAACGAACUAGACAUUGAGAAGGAAAUUAAAUCUCUCGACAUUCAACUACAUUUUUCAGAUUAUCAAACAGCCCCAGUCAUCGCCAAUGGGUCACCCAAGCGAUUGUGUGUCCCCCGCAGGACCUGUCGCUCUCUGGAGGUUUCCCGGGCCCAGGGGGCACAUCAACAACAACGAAUACUACUGCACGGAGAUGGGUCAUCUGUACAGCCCGUGUCACACUCGCAACUCUAUAAUGUCCAUCAUUCCAGUGAACGUUCAAGGAAAACCCAUUGGGAACCCAACACGUGGAUGGAUCGCAUACCAGACGACAGACCAGUCAACCAACUCAGCAUUCCCGGCACCCACGACUCGUGCGCCCGGUCCCAAGUCAUCUACGUCCAGACGCAGACACAGACCGUGUCGGAGCAGCUGUUCUCGGGCGUGCGCGCUCUCGACCUGCGGCUGCGCCGCCGGAGCAAUGGCCAACUUUUUUGCUACCACGGCGGCGUGCCCCUCGGCUCGUUUGGCAGGCCGCUGGCCCUCUCCACCGUCAUGACCGAGGUCUGGGCCUUUAUGAUCCAGACCGGCUUCACCGAGACAGUGCUCGUAUCCAUCGACAACGACGACCCCGCGGAUCGCGAAUCGGCUGAAGGUCGUCAUGCCUUUUACGAGGCCGUCGACGACUUUAUCAGGCAGACUCCGCGCUGGGGAAAGGGGGAGGGCGGUAGGGCCGGGCCGGAUGGCGGAGAAGGGUCCUCGCGCUGGUACUUGGCCCCUCAGACGCCGAUGUUGGGGCAGGUCCGUGGCAAGGCCAUCUUGCUGCGUCGUUUUGCUGCCGAAGGAGGACAUUGCACAUCUCCGCGUGCUGCCCACGGCAAUAGCAGCAGCGAGGACAGCAAGACUACCGAUGGCAUGGGAUUCGACCUCUCGGCUUGGGUUAACAACAGCCCCGACUUUACGAUCCAGACACCACAUGCCCAGUUCCGGAUACAGGAUAGGUGGAAAUACUCGGAAAGGAUUCGGCUCGGCGACCUGGUCGAAUCAAAAAGCGAUCUUGUCAAGAACCUGAUGGACCAGGCCAUCCAACAAGACCGAGAGCGGGGGCUCCUGGACGUAACCCAACACCACGAUUUGUGGUUCAUUCACUUCACCUCCGCCGUAGGCGAACCCUUCAAGCACGGCGAGAUCGCAACAGCCAGGUCCAUCGCCGUUGGGGAUUUUGUCGGAUGGGGCAAGUGGCAGCCCGGCGUCAACAUCGCCAUCGCUCAGUUCAUCAAGCAGUACGCACCGUCUGGGCGCAGGCAGAGGCUUGGCGUGGUCUUUAUGGACUUUGCGGUCCUGCCUGAAGACGCCGGACUGCUAGACUCCAUUAUCGCGACAAACUUCAACAGCAUUGGUGAGGAUGCCGUGGUGAUGCGGCCGUGACUGGAGUUGGUGUGAUGAUAUAGACUUGGCUUUUAAACUGAAACUUAUUUUGUGCGGGCGAUUUUAAGGUACCGGACAUGGAAAUGGCUGUAACGACUAGACAUGUUGCAUAGCGGGCAUAUACUAUCCUUGGGCUUUUACCACUAUAGAGGGCACUUGGUCCUCGGAGUUUGGUGUUGAUUCUUGUCCAAGGGCCAGGCAGGCAGGCAAUCUUUUACUCCCACGCUAGUAGUGCGCAACCAACAGAUGGUAGAUCGACUGAUAUUUCCAAAUGACUUGCAUUAUAUAUGUUGAACUGUAUAUACUUUUCAAGAGACGUUGUUUCAACUCUAGGCUUGUUCUGAAUGGU